UUCCAGGUGUGGAUAUGAGUGACUUGGCAGGCCUUAUCUACGCGGGAAUUAUCGUAGCUGGUGGUUUGGUUGGUUACUUCAAAGCGGGUAGCACCACAUCAUUGGUAGCUGGACUCGCAUUUGGAAGUGCUGCAGGUUUUGCUGCUCAAUUCAAUAAUAAUCCCAUGCUUUUAGCCGUUAGUUCUGGUCUUACAGUGAUAAUGGGAGUUCGUUUCAUCCAGUCUGGUAAAAUUAUGCCUUCUGGGAUAGUUGCAGUUCUGAGUCUUGGUAUGGUAAUUUGUUGCCUCUUGCGUCAUAUCCACUGAGCGAGUUCGCAAGUUCGUUGGUCACUCACCUGUGAUGAAUCCUUCAUGCUCCAAUGCAAAAUAUGUAAACUCCUCUAGACAUAUGUUAUAUAUGAUCAGUCUUAAUUUCCAUGAAAUUCUUGAGGACUUGUUUGUUCAAUGUCAUGCAGAAAAGUCACCUGGUAAAUCCAAACUUCCUCGAGAAUCUGUUCCAUUUUCCAUUUGGCGCUACUUCUCCUUUACUUGCAAGCGCAUUUUCUAAUUCUUGCAAAGCGCAAACCCUGACACUCACUGCAUUUACUUGUAAUAAUCCUUUAACUUGUUUAUUAUUGCUGGUAAUCUUUCCAC